CGUUAUGAGUGAAUGGAGAGGCGGUUGGUGGUUCUUCAGGGCAAAUGAAAGAGACGCUUUGUUGAAGCUGUUUUCUUUUUCUUUUUUCCCCUCUCACUCCCCUGCUUCCGUUCCUCCAUUCCUUCCUCCACACUCUCACCUUUUGCAUUUCUUUUUUUUUUUUCUCAGAGGGUUGAACAUGAUUUCCAGAGGCAGAGAAUAUAACUGGCCUUUGAGAAGGUGUAUCGCUCAGAGUCAUUGAGACAGCUGUUUCAGACACUUCUCACCUGAGCUGACUCCUGCCUUCAGCGAUAAUGCACAACAAGCCUUUAGCUGUGUGUUUGUGCCUGUGUUUGGCCGCUUUAGCAGCUGAGGGAAAGCCUGAGAAGGGACGAGGAGAGAGGCAGAAGAGCUCCAGGCAUUUCUUACCCACUGAUGAUGCACUUGAGUACGAUAAUCCAUUCCUUCCAGGACGCAGCAGCCAGUGCUUGGUGAAUGGGAUUUCUCUGUUUGAAGGGGCUGUCUGGUCUCCGGAGCCGUGCAGUGUGUGCCAGUGUAAAUAUGGAGCAGCGAGCUGCCGAACCAUACCAUGUUCAGCUAGAGCUUCAUCCACCCUGAAGUCUGUGCCCGGGAAACACAAUCCACCAUCUGUGGGGAAAAAAAGACCGAAAAACAGACUGACAGGAAAUGGAAAACCACCUGUGGAGACUGAGGUUCUGCAGGUGAAGCCCAAGAAGAGCAAGAUGGAGAUCAUCCCAGCCAAAGAAGUUUGGCCCUCCAUACCCAGGAAGCAAGCAAAGAAAAACCAAGAUGUGACUGUGAAUCUGGAUGCUGUAAAGCCACCCAAGACCCCUGCAGUGCCCACAGACCCUCAGUUCAUGAGGCCCAUCCCUUUCGACAGCGAUGACCACGAUGAUGACGACUAUCUAGAGGACGACAGUGACAGCGAUGACGAUGACGACGACAGCAGUAUUUCAGUGUUUAGAUCUGCUGUCCGGCCCAUGACAGUGGAAAGACGAGUAAUACCACCUACACUCAAACCAGCCGUACCACGAGCAGAGCCAGCCUUCACUCUUCCUACAAGGAGAUCUGUGAUCAUUCCUGCUGGAAGGCCACUGCCCGCACCCGCUGGAAGACCAGUGGACAGAGGUGCUGGACAUCCGGUCAUUCACACCUCUGUUCAUAUGGAGUCUCUCCCUUCAGGCUGCCUGCUUUCAGAGUCUCUCAUCGCCUGUGGGAACACUCGUCUUACGCAAAUGCCCAUCAUCAGAGAUGCAGGGGUCAGAAGUCUCUUUCUAGCAGAUAACAAAAUCAGCAAGAUCCCGGCUCAUGCUCUAGCAGGUCUGCCCAACCUGGAGUGGCUCGACCUCAGCAAGAACAAGCUGGAUGAUUUCUCUUUGGCACCAGAUGUGUUUAAGAACUUGACGAAGCUCCGGAGGUUGAAUCUGGAUGGAAACAACUUCACUAAAGUGCCGUCUCUCCCUCCCUCGCUGGUGGAGCUGAAGAUCAACGAUAAUAAACUCAGCGGUCUCACUCCUCACAGCUUUAAGGGUCUAGUGCAGCUGCUGACACUGGAGUUAGAGGAUAAUUAUUUCCACGAUGGAAAUGUUUCUCCUCUGGCCUUCAAGCCUCUGAGGAAGCUGAUUUACCUCAGGCUGGAUGACAAUAAAUUCAGGGCUAUUCCUUCUGGUCUGCCUGUUUCAGUACAGGAGCUCCACCUGUCUGACAACAAGAUAGAGGUUGUCCAUUCAGGGCUCCUGAACAAGACCACAAACUUGAGAGUCUUGAACCUCAGCCAUAACCGACUCCGAGAGGACCGCAUUCAUCCCAGAGCUUGGAUACACUUGCUAAAACUGGAGUUUUUGGACCUCUCCCACAAUAAACUUGUUCACGUUCCCUCAUUCCUGCCGGUGGGUCUCCGGCAGCUCGUCUUGCAUCACAACCAAAUUGAGCGCAUCCCUGGCUAUGUGUUCGGCCACCUGCGGCCCGGCCUGGACUCGCUUCAGCUGUCCUACAACCGCCUGCGCGAAGACGGCAUCAAUGAGGUGUCCUUCAUCGGCCUGUAUAACUCACUGACCGAACUCCUGCUGGAUCACAACCAGCUCAGAGCAAUCCCACGAGGCAUUGUGCAGUUAAAGAGCCUACAGCACCUGAGACUCAACCACAACUACAUCAGCUACGUCACUAUGAACUCACUGUGUGACACUACGGCGCGGGACGAUUCUCUACUGGUGUCGGUUCACCUGGAGUUUAACCUGAUAGAGCGGCGCCUCAUUCCACCCACAGCCUUCUCCUGCAUCAGAACCUACCAGAGCGUCCUGCUGCGGCCCCAGAGAUACGAGGAGCACCAGUUCUGAAACACUAAAUAUUUUCAGCAAAAUCUAAGUCAGCUUUCUGAGAAGUUUUUCUCUUUUUUUUUUACACUUGAGGCCUUUCGUUUUCUGUACAUUUUAGGGAUGCAUCAUUGGAAGCACGCAUGCAUUUUUUUUAACUUUCCACAACUAAACACUACUGCAUACAUUAGACAUCAGCUGUGCCUAUAUGCUGUAGCAGCUGUGUGAUUUAUAUGGUGCUAAUAGUUCUUUUUCUUGUUAAUGUUUGUGUGUGUGUGUGUGUGUGUGUGUGUGUGUGUGUGUGUGUGUGUGUGUGUGUGUGUGUGUGUGUGUGUGUGUGUGUGUGUGUGUGUGUGCGUGUGUGUGUGUGCGUGUGCGUGUGUGUGUGUGCGUGUGUGUGUGCGUGCAUGCGUGCAUGCGUGUGUGUGUGUGUAGUUUUUCUUAUAUGAAACAUCUGUAUGAAUGCCUGCAGUCUUUCAAAUUGAAUUAACUUUUGCUUCGUUUUAAAAUCAUAUGCAAUAAUCUCUAAUGUAUCAUCUUCUUGCUUUAUUUAUUUCUUAAUUAAAUGGCAAACAUUUUAAUUUUAAUCCUGUUACAGUUAUUAGUAGCGAAGGUUUUGACUUUAUUUUUAGUUUUGUGAUAUUGUGUGUUGUCCGGGUUUUGGUAUUCUCUGUUACAAACGACAAUAAAGCUGGCAGGUGACAGAUUUCA